UUGGAGCAUACUAGGCAAAUGGGCCUUGCCGUGAGUCGUGGUGCAACAGUGACCUCGAUGGGCAGGGCAAUGGUCAGAUACGAGUCAACACCAAAGAUGACUGUAAGCACUCAAAAAAGUUUACCACGCUAGGGCGAUGUCAGCAAUGCCGACAAACAUGGUUUAUGAUGAUAUUGGUGGUCUGAAGCUUUAGAUCGUCGGGGCUGCUCUCAUUCGUUCAAUUUGCCAGUGAGCCCUUCCAUUCUACUGCUGCUCAUUAUUAUCAUAUGAAGGAGGUGUACUUCCAUUACAAUACUCCUGACGUGUUUCAUGAAAUGUCUAUGAGCUGGAACAUGUAUAUCCUUUCAAGUUCACUGAUGUGGUUACCACUACAACACACGUCCCUCCAAGGACCAAGGGUGGGCAUGAUCUUCUACAAGUUUUCGGUGAUGUACGUCGUGAAGCGGGACGGGCGGACGGAGACGGUGCACUUCGACAAGAUCACGGUGCGGCUCAAGAAGCUCAGCUAUGGGCUCAGCCAGGAGCACCGCGACCCCGUGCUCGGUCUGCGUCAGGGUAUACAUGGGCGUCACCACCAGCCAGCUCGACGAGCUCGCCGCCGAGACCGCCACCCCGGUCACUGCCUCCCAGCCAGACUAUGCCUCCCUCGCGGCGAGGAUUGUUGUGUCCAACCUGCCGCCAAGUGGAAAUAG